UCAUGAUCAGCUGGCGAUGUAAGGUGCCAGGCGGUGGGCAGCUAACGGGUUACGGAAGGGCAGAAGGGUGCCAGUGACGGUAAUAGUGGCACUGGACUUUCCGCUGUCCAGGGGAUAUCACCUGCACUUCCACUCCUUUGGUAACGUUAUAUUUUUAGAGGAUUGACCUAAGAAAAAAAAUACUGUAAACAAAGUUUGUAAAGUGAGUCUUGAGAUCCACCACCUGGUGGAGAGUUGGUGGCUCACCUGCAGUACAGCAUGACUGACUUGGCACCCUAUGACCUCCAAGUGGGUGGCCACCACAAGGGCAGUCAGUCACAUGUGUUGAAAGAUAAGAAUGGUAGAAUCUUGAAGCCUCUCAAACUCAACGCCAACCCAACCUUCAAUCCUAAUGUGAAGAUCACGAGCUGGGAGAAUCACUCGGAGGAUGAGCUACUGCCACUAUGUCGUGAUGAGCUUGAGUUCUAUCAGCACAUUGCCAUUUCAACCAAACCUGAUGAUGUGUCUCUACAGAAUCUCAUGCCAUCAUUCUAUGGCACACAAGCAGUCCAAGGACCUGAUGGCAAGGAUGAGUUACACCUAUUACUGGGAGACCUGACGUAUGGCCUGCAGCAUCCCUGUGUUGCAGACAUCAAAAUAGGUCGUACUGACUUCUAUCCUGGCAAAAAUUCAAAGAAACGUGGUGUGCUACAUGAGCUUGGAUUUCGCCUCACAGGCAUGAGAAUUGUGCAAAUAGAUACUGAUUCCUUGGACAUUAGGUCCAGCAAAGAUGAUUGCAAGACUUGGACUACACCACAAAUGCUUGAAGGUUUGGAUAAAUUCUGCCAUGGCACCACUCGUGUAUCCACCUACCUGCGACACUCCAUCAUAUGCCAGUUGCAACACAUUCACCACUGGGCUCUUUCUCAGCGGAGCUAUAAAAUCAGAGGUAGCUCCAUCUUGGUAGUGUAUGAUGCAGAACAGUUGACCUCAGUGCCUCUAGAUGUUGUGAGGGACAAAUCUGUAGUGGCUGGAGAAGUGUGGCCCAAGGUUAUAGUGAAAAUGAUCGAUUUUGCACAUGUACUACAUUCCUUUGGUUGUAAAGAUGAAAAUUAUAUAUUUGGAUUGGAGAACCUUAUUAAGUACAUAAGUAAUAAAGAAAAUGAAAAUUUGUGAAAACAGGCCAUUAGUUAUCUGCAGUCAUGUGUCUGUGCAAGACUAGUGAAGGUAGUGAGCAAGCAGUAAAACGAAACUGCUCCUUUCUUAAUCUUGCAAUUGGACAGUUUAAGUCCUAUAUAGUGAUUGCCUCCAGAUGUUUUAAAAAGCAAGUACUCAGGAAUUACACUUUUAACACAAGUACAAUUAUUAGAGCCUUGAUAUCCCAGUUUAUUCUUUUAAGAUAUUUUGAUAUACUUGUAAAACAUUUUUGUUUUUAUUUUAUUUUUUUUUCCCAGAUGUAUUAUAACUAAGGAAAUAAUACUCAGGAAAUAC